UGUUGCUUCUAACUUCAAUUUUAUAACUUUAUUUAAAUUAUUGGCUUCCGCAAAACGCGAUGACAACAAUUACAGAUUAUUUAUUAUAACUUUUUAAUCUGUUAUUCGGUGAGAAUGAGGAGAAAUGAAGAUGACAGACUGGGAAGAAGCAACACAAACACGGACGUAUGCAAAGCACGGGGCCAGCCACGCGCCGCCGCUCGUGGAGGCUGCGAUCUCGCGUGAAAUUCUCCGAGAUCCCAACCCGAUCUUUAGCGGCGGUGAGGCCCCGGGUGAUGGGAAGGGAAAGGUGAGCACCGAGAUGUUUCCGUCCGCUGCAGGGGGCGAUCACAGCGGGGGGAGGAGGGCGGCUGAGGAGGAAGAGCCGCUGGAUCCCGAUCCGAAGGAAGAGCCGCUGGAUCCCGAUCCGAAGGAAGAGGCGAGCAAACAUGAGGAGGAACUGGAUCCCAGGAUCCAGGAGGAGCUGGAGCGGCUGAACUUGGCCAGUGAGGAGAUCAACAGACUGGAGCUGCAGCUGGAUGAUGCCCGAUCCAGCUACCGGAAAGUUCUGACUGACUCAGCCAGGAAGCUCAACGCUCAGGCCUCUCAGCUCGGCGCCUGCAUAGACAAAGCAAGGCCCUACUAUGAAGCCCGCAGACUCGCUAAAGAGGCCCAACAGGAAACGCAGAGGGCGGCGCUGAGGUAUGAGAGGGCUGUGUCCAUGCACACCGCUGCCAGAGAGAUGGUGUAUGUGGCAGAGCAGGGACUGCUGGCCGACAAGAGCAACCAGGACCCCACAUGGCAGGAGAUGCUCAACCACUCAACCACCAAGGUGAAUGAGGCAGAGGAGGAGCGGCUUCGCAGUGAGCGGGAGCAUCAGCGAGUCACUCAGCUCUGUCAGGAUGCAGAAACCCGAGUUCAGACCCUGCAGAAGACCCUGAGGAAGGUCAUCCUGAAGUCUAAGUCCUACUUUGAGCUGAAGGCUCAGUUCAAUCACAUUCUGGAGGAACAUAAGGCACAAGUGAUGCAACUUGAAGAGGAAGUGGUAAAAGUAAAGACACGGUACUCGCUGGCGCUGAGGAACCUGGAGCAGAUCAGUGAGCAGAUCCACGCUCAGAGGGGGCGGAACGUGGCCAGCAGGGGGCGACUUUCAGUCGAGGGCCGCAGCUCCCCUGUGGGAGCCGAGUCUGAGGUUAAAGGCGCCACGGGGUUUCCCUCCAGUUCCUGUGUGGAAGUCAGUGGAGUAGAAAGUGACUGGGCAGAUGGGGAAAAAACACGGCUGUGGGUGGAAAGGCACAGAGAGAGCGGCUGGGGCCAGAGGGAGUCAUGCGAGGCUGAGCAGGCGGCCUCAGAUUCCAUCACCAGCCUGCAGACCAUCGCCUCAGACCUGGAGAAAUGUGACUCAGUGGAGCACCUGUUCAACCUGAGCGAUGGUGGCAGUGUGCUGAGUGAAGAUGCUGCCUACGGCAACAGCCUGGUCAGCAAGGAGGUGGAGACUCCGCAGCAGCAGGAGAUCCUAGUUAAACAGCAUCAGAGGAGCGUUAGUCUGUGAGCAGCAGACUCUCUGAUUACUGCAUGAGGGAGAAGAUGGAGAUGAACUGGCUGAUUCCCUCCAUGUUCACACCUCAUGGCUGCAGGAAGCAGUUUGCAGCAUCUGGUACAGAUCAGCGCAUACGAGCAGAGGAAACGCUGUGGUUGAUCUUCAGACUGAAAAAAACAACGGAGAACUCUUUACUGAAAGGCAUGUGAUGGAUAUUAUAAAGGCGCCACAAUGGAUAGAGCGCCAGG